CCACAACACAUUCAUUCACAUAAGGGAGAGCUACUUCCAGAGAAGUUAGAGUGAUCUGAUCUGUUGCUUAAGGAACGUCGCUUCUCGCUGAUAUUUGCUUAGGUUUUGUACUAACUAGAGUGCACAAUGAGCUUUUUGAUUCCUGUUUUUGGCCUGAUUCUCACUUUGUUUCAGAUUGGGAGGAAUCCUGCUAGUGCUGGGAUGUGCUGGCUACAGCAGAGUCAAGACCAAAGGUGCGACAUGGUGCUGAUGAGAGGGGUGACCAGAGAGGAGUGCUGUGCUGGGGGCCGCCUGGACACAGCGUGGUCCAACACUAGUCUGCCCAUGAAUGAGGUCAGCCUGCUGGGUUUCCUGGGAAUCGUCUCCUGUAAACCCUGCAAAGAGACUUGUGAGGGAGUCAAAUGCAGUCCCGGGAAGGUUUGCAAGAUGAAGACUGGAAGGCCUCAGUGUGUGUGCUCUCCAGACUGCUCUCACAUUUCCCGAAAGCAUGCUGUGUGCGGCAGCGAUGGGAAGACAUACAAAGAUGAGUGUGGUUUGCUGAUGGCCCGCUGCAUGGGACACCCUGACCUGGAGGUCAUGUACCAGGGAGAGUGCAAAAAGUCAUGCUCCAACGUGGUGUGUCCAGGAACUCACACCUGUGUGACCGACCAGACCAACAGCGCUCACUGCGUCAUGUGCCGCACAACACCUUGUCCAAUACCCUUGCUGUCUGAGCAGCCCAUCUGUGGUAAUGACAACAUCACUUACCCCAGCGCCUGCCACCUCCGCCGGGCCACCUGCUUCCUGGGCCGCUCCAUAGGAGUCCGAUACUACGGACACUGCAACAAUCUCCCAAAGAAAUCUCAAGAAACCGACGGCAGCGAGGAGAACGCAGUCUAGACGGAUGUAUCCUGAGUCGGUCGACAAACACACCACUAGCUUCCCAUAACGACCUCUUUUGUGACAAUCACUCACCCUCCCCUUUGUACACAGAACAACGAUACAUUUGAUAUGGAAGACCUCUGUUGGAAGACGCACAUUGGUGUAACUGCCUGAAAAAAAGCUACCAAAACUUUUCGGCAAUUUGUGUUAAUCACGCGUUAGUUUGAGGAAGUAGAGGCAGAUGAACAUGUGUCUCAUGUUCAUCUGCCUCUACUUCCCUCAUGAGCUCUUUGGGAGAUGUGUGCAUAUUGUAAAUAGAAUACCACUACUAUUUAUUGGAGAAGGUAUCAAACUCUAUUUAUGUUUUUAUCCUAGUAACAAAUCCAUAUAGCCUUGGGAAAGCUGAUGCAAAAACAAAUGUAUUUAUUGUGUUUUGUGUAUUGUGUAUGUACAAUAGCGGUCACUGGCAUUGGCAUUUUACAACUUUUUACAUUUUUUACAGUCUCCAUUUCCCACAAACCCUAUAAGCUGAUGGAAAGUAAUCCUAAUUUGUUUGGAAAGUUGAUACCACUUCAUAGCCUGCCAAUGUGGUUUCCAUUCACCACAAACAACAACAGGACAACUGUAGUUGUACUGUAUGUAUUUUAGCUCUUGUCAGGAGGUGAGGAAGAGAUUCAGCCUAAACAAACCUGUAUAGUCUCUCUCUCUCUCUCUCUCUCUCUCUCUCUCUCUCUCUCUCUCUGUCUCUCUCUCUCUCUCUGUCUCUCUCUCUCUCUCUCUCUCUCUCUCUCACCCCACACAUGUUUACUCUGGAUCCUGAUCCAAACUCUUGGCCACCCGCUGAUCACUAAAAUUAACAGUUUGGUUGUGUUUGUAGGAGUCUCAGAAGACUGUUGGUACAACCCCAAGCCCUGUACAAUACCUCCUCUGUUGAAUGCUUGGCUUUGUUUUGUAAAUGCAUUUUGUAGGUCAUGCUAGUUCAUUCCAAUGCUGUUUUGCUGCUUUUAUUUGAUUGGAAUUUUUUCAAAGAACUUACUAGACAGACAAAUGUAUUUAGCAUCGUCUGACUGAAAGGAAAAUUAAAUUUGUCCAGGAAUGGACUGCAAUUUAGUCCAAUGGAACAUACCUGAUUAUACUGCGAUCAGAGAUGAGUCAAUCUGCUCAUUGUUGACGCUAGUAAAACUGGUAGAUAUCUGCACAAAUGGCCAACUCUAGAUGGUCAAGUGAUUCAACAGGCCCAAAGCAGAUGUCUGGACAUUAAAUAAUCCUUCAAGUGUAUUAUGGAAGAUUUCAAUGAACCACACAAACUCCUGUAAAUAACAUCAUGUGUACCUACCUGUGUACCUACUGUGAAAUUUGAAUGAUAAAUGCAUCAACAUAUUUUUGUAUUUUUGUACUGCCAUUUCAAAACAACAUAAAGUUUAAUAUUUGUCACAA